AUGACUGAGGACGAUUGCAGUAAUUGUCGGCUCUGUGAAAAAAUCGAAACCAAGUUUCGUCGUCGUAGCGCCGAAGUCGACCGAUUGAACAGAUGGAAACGAGAGGGGGCCACCCUGGUGGCUUCGAUGGAUCGAUCUUACAAGCUCAUUAUGGACCUGGACAAAGAGAUCCGCUCCCUGCAACAGGAAAGGGAUGACCGCAGGAGCACUCUUCUGAGAUAG